AUGAGAGUAAGUGAAGAAGUGAUUGAGGAGAAAGAAGAGAAAAUUGAAGAAUUAACUCAAAAAGUGUAUGAGAAAGACCAAGCGAUUGCCAAAUUAAAGGAACAGAUAGAAAGGUUACAAACUAAUCAAGAGUUAGUGGCUCAGUCAGAAAGAGAAAAACGGCAGGUUAAAAUGGCUUUUGACGAAUUAGUGAAAAGAGUAAUCCAACCUAAUUUACGAGAAAAUAAAGUAGUUAUUAUUGAUAGAUAUAUCGAUAGCACUCUGGUUUAUCAAGGCUUAGCUGGUGGCUUGGAAAUCGGUACCAUCCAAGAAGUUGCUAAAAAGACGAUCGACUUGCCUUGGCCUGAUGUUACUUUUGUUCUCGAUAUUGACCCCGCUAAGGCUCAAGAUAGAUUAAAAAAAAGAAAAUUAGCCACUGAAUUUCACCAUCGAAUAAGAAAUUACUAUUUGGAGUUGAAAAAAUAUUUUCCGGAAAGGAUUCACAUAAUUAAUGCGGAUCGAAGCGAAACCGAAAUAUUGACCGAAGUUCAGGAAAUAAUUAAACAGACUCGUGCACCCAAAAGUGAAGCCCGCUUGCCCCAAUCUGUACGACCUGGAGAAACGCCCGAAGCGGCUGCCUGCCGCGAAGUAUUUGAGGAGACUAAUUUAACGAUAGAAAAUUGUCAAAAAAUUGCUGAAGAAAAUGGCAAUCCAGAAAAAACGAAAAACGGCACAAAAAACAGCAAAAAUACUCUCAUAAUCAUCGCCGGAGGCAGCGGCACCGGCAAAACAACAGUAGAAAAUUUACUAGCCCAGGACCCAAAUAUUGUUAAACUGGUUUCAACCACCACUCGCCCACCCCGCACCGGAGAAAAAGAAGGUCAAGACUAUUAUUUUAUUAGCAAAGAGACCUUUCAAACCGAAUUAGAGAAAGGUCGUUUUUUAGAACAUGUAAUUUACGAUGGCAAUUAUUACGGAAUCCAUGGCAAAGUAGUUGAUUUAAUAUUAGGAACCCAAAACAAGCAUGGAAUUAUUAUUGUGGAUGCUGAAAAUGUGGAAAAAAUGGUCGAACAUAUGAAAAAAAGAGGCACCAGCGAGCCAGAAAUUCUUCGGCGCCUGAUUAUUGCUGAAAAAGAAGAAAAAUUUGCUGCAGAGUUUGAUCAUAUUUUAACAAUCAAAGAAAACGAUUUAGCCGCUACCGCCCAAAAAAUUAAAGAAAAUUUGAGUCAUGAAAUAG